AUGAACAAUCAAUUAGAAAAAAAAGUCUUAUUAGACAAGACAAAUACCAAACUAAGCGUACAAAACACUAAUGUUGUUAAAGACUAUAAAGCUAAUGAUAUACUCAAACCAUAUAGAAAAACCAAUUCAGAUAAUGGACUCCUCAGAAGCGUACCUUGUGAUAGAGCCAUUCGAGUGAAUAACAGCGACUCGAAUAGAAUCAAGAAACCAAUUGGGCCGGUUCAUAAGCAACUUGUCAAUAAGAUUAAGGAACAAUUUUCUCGAAACAAAUUCUUCUCACCAACUGAUGCGAUCCUUUCACCAUGUUCUGAAAAGAUUAAUAAUCAUCGAGAAAAAACAUAUAAAGUUAAAUCUACUCCUGAAAGAUUAAACUUUAAGAAAAUCGAUGAUGAAGAAGAUAUCGAUAUUUCAUAA